AUGUUGUUGCGGCUCUCACGCCACCGUCUGCGGUCGCGCAUUCUGUUAUUCCUGGCCCUCUCCUUUCUAUCUUGGAUACUCCUCCCUUAUGACAAUGGCCUCGUCCUCCUCGUCCGAUGGCAUUUCGGGCAUGUCUCCCAUGCCCUGGCCGCGAGCGACGCGUGGAUGCGCAAGCCUCCUGCUUUUCCUCUCGGCACAGCAGAUGUUGGUCUGAUCGUCAAGACCGGAUUUUCAACCCAAGAGCGGCUCGUCGCGAGAUUGGAAACUUUGGGGAAGGCGCGGGAUCGAAGCAAUGUGGUUCUUGUGGGGGACUAUGCGACGGGACAACGGACUCAUUUCAAGCACAAUGGGGCGGAAAUGCCGGUUUAUAAUGCCCUGGCCUACAUGGUCGACAGCGGAUCCUUAGCAUCACGGCCAAAUGCUCUGCGGUUGCAGCACUAUAGAAAUCUGACAAAUGCCAUUUCGGGUGGGGAGACAGAUCUAGCACGGUAUAUAUCUUCACUCGAAAUUGGAUAUAAAGUGAUGCCGGAUAAAAAAUGGUAUGUCCUAUCGGACGACGAUAGCUAUCCUUUGGAUGCUUCACUCGAAGUAAUUCUGGGCAACCUGAACCCGCUACGUCCCUAUUACAUCGGAAAUGCUAUUGGCAAUUACCAGGCCCGCUUUGCACAUGGAGGUUCUGCAGUAGUGUUCUCACAGGCAGCCUUGUACAGAAUCUUCGUCCGGAAUACAGGUGUAGUCUCGAGAGCUCAUCUGGAAUCGCUUGACUCUAAUCGGGGGGACAAACUUAUUGCUACUACCGCAAUGAAAUCCGGAAUAUACCUAGAGGAACGAUAUAGUCGCUAUUUCAAUGGAGAACCUCCCAGGUUGACACGUAUACGGCCAGAUCGGUUCUGUGCCCCAGUUACCUCGUUUCACAACCUAUCCCCUUCACAAAUGCAUGAUGUGGGGAAGGUCUUCAAGAGUGCCGCCAAGGCAAUAUCUUGGGUCGAUAUCUGGAAGAUCUACACGGCUCCAAAUUUUGAAAACUUUCUUGAAACCCCCACUCGCUCUGAUUGGGAUCAUGUUGGAGUGUUGGAUGACGGUACCAUGAAUACCACAAGUACCCCGGACGUUGCGACGAAAGAGGCAUGUCUCAAUAUAUGCCUCCGCCAUGAUUCCACUUGUUUAGCAUGGACUUGGGAAGCUGGAAGUAAGGCUUGCUAUACCAAGCCUUGGUUAAUCGUCGGGAGCAGUUCCAAGGGGAAAUUCUCGGGGAUCAACGCCAAACGGGCAAUGGCGCUUUCGCGGAAGUGUCGUUGA